UUUGUUUUGUCGGCCGAUUGGAGCCGCCUCUAAAUAUAUAUAUAUACAUAUAUAUAGUAUACCCUAUUAUAUAGCUUUCGUGUAAAGUACACAUCAUGGGUUUCCUCUACAUACUGGGCUGGGUAUCCCUGGGCAUACAGAUUGUAUUUCUCACGCUGUCCAUAGUGGCCGGCCUCUACUACUUGGCGGAGCUGGCGGAGGAGUACACGACGGCGGCACGGAAGUGCAUUCUGGGCAUGAUUAGCUUCACCAUUUUCGUGUACAUCCUGCUGAUGCUAUUCGAGGACCUGCCAUGGAGCAUGAUCAUAUGCGGCUUCGUGGCACAGGGUUUCCACCUGGCCAUAAUGGGCGGAUUUCCAUUCGUGCGCCUUCUGUCGGUGCCCCUGCUGGGCUCCCUGGCCAUGCUGGUCGUCAAUCACUUCCUUGCCUUUCAGUAUUUCACCAGCGUUUAUGUGCCUUUUACGCAGGUUCUGGCCUACUUCACCAUCUGCAUGUGGAUCGUGCCCUUCGCCCUGUUCGUCUCGCUCAGCGCCAACGAUAGCGUCCUGCCCACCACCGUCAGCGAUCAGAGCCGGCGCAGUCCGGAUGUGGUCAGCAAUUACUUUUCGCGGAACAAGAAGCAGGGCCUGCUCUCCCUGUUUCAGUAUCUGAAAGAGACCGUGCUCCCUGGUCGGAGCAAGAAGGCCUUCUAGGAUUACAGCCUAUCCGAUAUGUGUGUUCAGUAGUUUAUUUAUUGUUUAAAUUAAUUUUUGUAGUCACGCACACCACACAUACAC